CAAGCCAGUCCCAGAAUGGCGUGGUUUGAGUUUCGCUCGGCCUGCCACUAGUCCGCGUCGUUUAAAUUCGAGGCAGGGAAAUUUUCGUCUUAAAAAUAACGUUAUCACGCCCCGUCGUGAUAGCUGUUAUCGUUUUGCAAACCCAUGUGAUCGUUCGGACGUCAAUUUUUGUAUUUUUGGGAUUUCGUAUCACGCGAAAACGCGAAACAACGGCGGAGUCAAAGUGUGCGCAUGCCGUGACGACACAACCGAAGCACGGUUCACACGAUCGGAAUAUACGUUGCCGUUGCGUUCCGUGCAAAUUGUUAAAAAUAUCGAACAAGGCAUUUUAAAAACUGAAUAAUGUUCGGAACCGAUGAUGAUAUCUGAGAGACAAACCGGUAACUUUCCCGAAGAAAACUCGAUACAGGAGCAGGAGGCACCCGUCGCGGACCUCAAGCCCCAACCCGCCGCCCCUUCACCGCUUGCCCUGCUGGCAGCCACGUGCAGUCGUAUAGGCCCUGGAGGAGACGCGGCUAGCACGACCCCCACCACCGUGAUAAUGUCUUCCGCCCCGUCGCCGGUCCAAACGAUCAAACAACAAGGGGUGACGGUUACUCAGGCCGCUCAACCCCAAACUCCACAGGUGGUCAGCGUGCCAGUAGCCACCGCCAUCACCACCCAACAGCUCCAGCAGCAUCUGCUGCAGCAGCAGGCUGGCGCCCAAUUGGUGGCCGCAGCGGCGGCCGGUCAAAAUAUCGCAGGCUAUGGGGUGAUGCAGGCGCCCGUCCAGACGCUAAGCGUCGAUGGCCAGGAGGCGAUAUUCAUCCCUGCGAUGAAUGUGGCAGGCGGGACUCAGCCCCAGCAGAUUUUCAGCCCCGGUCAAAUAAUAAGAGCUCCUACUAACGUUAUACCAGCCACUGCGACGAAUAUGCAGGGCCUGCCGACCACAGUUCAGCUUCCCAACGGACAAAGCGUGCAGAUGCGGCCCGCAGCUCAAACGCAGAUCUUUCAGUUUCCGCUGCAGCAGACGAUACCAAUCCAAGUGCCGAUUUCCUCCGGAAACGGACAAACCAUUUACCAAACGAUUCACUUUCCCGUCCAGUUGGCGGCGACAGCGUCGGUACCAAACAUUAUACAAGCCCAACCUCAGCUGUUGCCUCAAGUAGCAAAUAUUCUGACGCCUACAGGUCAAUUGCAAUCGAUACAGAUAGCUACGUCUAUGCCGCAGCAGCAGCAGACUGCCGCGUCUACGAUAAAUCAACAAGUUGUCGCGGGCGAUAACGGAGCUCAGUUGACCUUUACAGGAGCCAACGGUCAACAGUUUACGGUAAUUCCGGCAACAAAUCUACAACAAAUCCGGAACGCGUCAGUCGGCAAUUUGGCGAGCUUGGGAAACAUUAUCCAGCUGCCAAAUAUACAGACCAUGCCCACUAUACAAAAUAUUCCCGGACUCGGCAACGUUCAAGUUAUAACGCAGCCUGCUCAACCCCAAAUUGCGGUCGGACAACAAAUCCAACAAGACCCCACGGAUCCCAGCAAGUGGCAAAUUAUCCCGCAAGUGGCUACCGCCACCCCGACGAUGCAAGCGCAGAAUGCGACCCCCUUAAACGUGAGUUCCGUCGACACUGGCGCCGUCACUCAAGCAUCUACUGACGGUGCAGGGAUCGAUGGUCAGAAACAGCGGGUUCGGAGGGUAGCUUGCACUUGUCCCAACUGUCAGGAGGGCGAAAAGCACAGUGACAGGAAAAAACAGCACAUCUGUCACAUACCAGGCUGUAAUAAAGUUUACGGAAAAACAAGCCAUUUGCGGGCCCAUUUGAGGUGGCACACCGGCGAAAGACCGUUCGUAUGCACUUGGCUCUUUUGCGGGAAACGCUUCACUAGAUCCGACGAGCUUCAAAGGCACCGGAGGACACAUACCGGUGAAAAGCGUUUUCAAUGCAGCGAGUGCAACAAGAAGUUUAUGCGGUCCGACCACCUAUCCAAACACCUCAAGACCCAUUUAAAACAGAGAAUCACGGAGAAAGAUCAAGAUGAUGAGGAGAACUGGGAGAUGCAAGACGAUCCGGAACCUCAACAACAAGAGGAGACGGAUUCCAAACCACAUCCCGUAUGGAUAACGGACAGCAAAAAUAAUGUAAAAUACGCGAUAACUCAUUUGAAUUACUCUCAGGAGGCGGCAACAUCGACACAGUCAGCAUCCUCAGACAGUUCUAGCAAUGAAGAGAAAAUGAUGAUAACUAUAAGUGCCGCAGAAGAUGAACUAAUUAUCGCGGACCCUUUAGAUAGCUGAAACUAAAUAUGCCACUUUUUGUAUAUUUUAUUGUUAUAAAUAAAUGCCUAUAUUGUUUGUUAUUUAUAAUUUUGUAAA